CUGCAGUUGAUAGUUAUUUGCUAUUUCAUGAAAUGAUAAACCAUGGAUCCUGAAGGCAACAAGUUCGGAAGAGGGCCACGGGAAUUGACUGGUGCUGUUGAUCUCAUUAGUCAUUACAAAUUGCUGGCCCACCAUGAUUUUUUCUGCAAGAGAUCACUUCCUUUGUCAAUUUCAGAUGCACAUUAUCUUCACAAUGUGGUUGGAGAUACAGAAAUCAGAAAAGGGGAGGGGAUGCAAUUGGAUCAGCUUAUUCAGAACACAUCGUAUACCAGAGAUACUAAUGCCCGAAUUCAGCCUUUUGACCUAGAUGUCCUUAGAGAGGCUUUCCAACUGCGGGAAAGUACCCCUGUUGAACUGCCUCCUGGAGAAAAAGGGACUCCUACUAUUGCAGCAAAAUCAAAGAGUGAUUCCAAAGAUAAGGAAAGGAAGCAUAAAAAACACAAAGAGAGAGACAAGGAGAAGGAUAAAGAGCAUAAGAAGCACAAGCACCGCCAUAAAGAUCGAAGUAAAGAUAAAGACAAGGACAAAAAGGACAGGAGCGGGCAUCAUGAUUCUGGUGGUGAUCACUCAAAGAAACAUCAUGAAAAGAAAAGGAAGCAUGAUGGAGACGAAGAUCUAAAUGAUGUUCACAGACACAAAAAAAGUAAGCAUAAAAGCUCAAAACUCGAUGAGAUGGGUGCAAUCAAGGUAGCAGGUUGAAACCAACGUUUUCUGUACUUAUUUGCUGUCUCAGAUGAUUUUCGUGGGAAAUUUGGAAGGAUCAUUAACUUCGUCUUCUCAAGAUUAUAUUAGGUAAGCACCAUGUCUUGCCAGUUUAUUUCUUCAAUUAUUCAUUUCUUAUGUACUCAUCCUUUAUUCUUCUCCAUUUUGGAUGGUUGAAAGGAUUUAUAAUUGUCCUCUAAGGGAUAGGACUGUUCAUUUGUCAUUUGUUCAAGUAAAUUCUGAACUGAGGGCAAGGGAAAUUCAACCUAAAAUGCAUCUCUCCCUUUGGCUUCAAUUGAAUUCAUUCUCCGCUUGCGUAAGGGACCUUUUAUUGGAUUCCCUACCAUGGAAAAUGGAUCCCUUCCAUGUGAUAAUAAAUAACACUAUUGAGAGAUGAAAAAAAAAUUUGAAAGAUAAUGCAUAUGUGCUGCAACAAGUGAUUAAUCACCAGUUAGUAUUCCGAGAGGUCAUUAUCUUGGUUUUGAUAUUUACAAGCAUUACUUUAAUAAGUUUAUCAAUAGAUUUACAAGUGUAACCACCUUUUAUUAUGGUGUCCGAUGGCAUAUAGUUUAUGGUGCAUGGUCUAUGGUUUUUUGGGGAUUGAUUGGAUUAUUGCAGGGUUUGUGAAGGGAGAAAUUUGGACUUGAGAUGGUUUAUAUGUAAAA